GUCCCGGCAGCUCCCGCUCGGCGCCGCUCCGUGCACCCACGCCUCGCUGCUCCGCUUCUGCCCCCCACCCGGGCAUGCGCCCCCAGGGCUCCCGGCCCCUCAGAGUCCGCGCCGACCCCCCGAGCCUCCUCAGAGCCGGCUGCGCACGAUGGGCGCUCUUGGCCCCACGCCGCCGCCGCUGUUGCUGCUGUUGCUGCUGACGCUGGGAGUCAGGUGUAAUGCCCGGGAGGUGCUGGUCCCCGAGGGGCCCCUGUACCGUGUGGCUGGCACAGCCGUCUCCAUCGCCUGCAACGUGAGUGGCUACGAGGGCCCCGCCCAGCAGGACUUCGAGUGGUUCCUGUACAGACCCGAGGCUCCAGAGGCUGCCCUGGGCAUUGUCAGUACCAGGGAUGCCCGGUUCUCCUAUGCCAUCUUCGGGCCCCGUGUGACUGCUGGUGAAGUGCAGGUGCAGCGGCUACAGGGUGAUGCUGUGGUGCUCAAGAUUGCCCGCCUGCAGGCCCAGGAUGCAGGGGUCUAUGAGUGCUACACGCCCUCCACUGAUACCCGCUAUUUGGGCAGCUACAGCGGCAAGGUGGAGCUGCGAGUUCUUCCAGAUAUGCUACAGGUGUCUGCUGCGCCCCCGGGGCCCCGAGGCCGCCAGGCCCCAACCUCACCCCCACGCCUGACAGUGCAUGAGGGCCAGGAGCUGGCGCUGGGCUGCCAGGCACGGACCAACACACAGAAGCACACACACCUGGCCGUGUCCUUCGGACGAGCCAUACCCGAGGCGCCAGUGGGGCGAGCCACGCUGCAGGAAGUAGUGGGACUGCGCUCUGACCUGGCUGUGGAGGCCGGAGCUCCCUAUGCAGAGCGCCUGGCUGCAGGGGAGCUGCGGUUGGGCAAGGAGGGGACGGAUAGGUACCGCAUGGUGGUGGGGGGUGUGCAAGCCGACGACGCAGGCACCUACCACUGCACUGCUGCUGAAUGGAUUCAGGAUCCUGAUGGCAGCUGGGCCCAGAUUGCCGAGAAGAGGGCCGUCCUGGCUCAUGUGGACGUGCAGACACUGUCUAGCCAACUGGCAGUGACCGUGGGGCCUGGGGAACGUCGCAUUGGCCCAGGAGAGCCCUUGGAGCUGCUGUGCAAUGUGUCAGGGGCACUGCCCCCACCAGGCCGUCAUGCUGUGUACUCUGUGGGCUGGGAGAUGGCCCCAGCAGGGGCACCUGGACCUGACCGCCUGGUAGCCCAGCUGGACACUGAGGGUGUGGGCAGCUUGGGCCCUGGCUAUGAGGGCCGGCACAUUGCCAUGGAGAAGGUGGCAUCCAGGACCUACCGGCUCCGGUUGGAGGCUGCGAGGCCUGCGGAUGCUGGCACCUACCGCUGCCUCGCCAAAGCCUACGUUCGAGGCUCUGGAGCUCGGCUUCGUGAGGCAGCCAGCGCCCGUUCCCGGCCUCUCCCUGUGCACGUGCGGGAAGAAGGUGUGGUGCUGGAGGCUGUGGCGUGGCUGGCAGGGGGCACCGUGUACCGGGGGGAGACCGCCUCCCUGUUGUGCAACAUCUCUGUGCGGGGCGGCCCCCCAGGACUGCGGCUGGCUGCCAGCUGGUGGGUGGAGCGAGCAGAAGAGGGGGACCUGAGCUUUUCCCCUGCCCAGCUGGUGGGCGGUGUGGGUCAGGAUGGAGUGGUAGAGCUGGGGGUCCGACCCGGCGGAGGCCCUGUCAGUGUGGAGCUGGUGGGACCCCGAAGCCACCGGCUGAGACUGCACAGCUUGGGGCCUGAGGAUGAAGGCGUGUACCACUGCGCUCCCAGUGCCUGGGUGCAGCAUGCCGACUACAGCUGGUACCAGGCUGGCAGUGCCCGCUCCGGGCCUGUCACAGUCUACCCCUACACACAUGCCCUAGACACCCUAUUUGUGCCCCUGCUGGUGGGCACAGGGGUAGCCCUAGUCACCGGCGCCAUCAUCCUUGGCACCAUCACCUGCUGCUUCAUGAAGCGACUGCGGAAACGGUGAUCCUCCACUCCCCAGUUCUUGCAGGUGUUGCCUGUCUUCCAGCCCGGCUCCAAGCCCUCCUGUGGUUGAUUGGACACCCUCUCCAUCUGCCCACCCGCUGGCCUGUUAAUUUAUUUGACCUGUUCCCCCACCCCCAACCUCCAACCCAGAGUGGGAUGCCCAUUCC